GGAGGGUGGCGGCGCGGAGCACGGCGAGCAGGCGAGACAGGCUUCUGUGCCGCGGCCUCCGAGCGCGCGGGACUUGCAGGGAUCUUUGUCUCCUCUGAUGUCCCUUGGUCUGUCCACAAACAUGGAUUUAACAACUGGCUAAGUUGGCCUUGGCAGGAUUAUAUGAAGAUGAAAUGAAAGCCAAAUCUUCCAAGACGGACAGACCUAAAGCUAUGGUCUUUAAAAGCCCACGAACACCAUCUCAAAGGUUCUGUUCGAGCGAACAUGAAUACAGUGGUUUACAUACAGUUCGACCCUCAACUGGGCAAAUUGUGAAUGAACUUUUCAGAGAGGCGACGGAACACGGAGCAGUCCCUCUGAAUGAAGCCACAAGAGCUUCAGGUGAUGACAGAUCCAAGUCAUUUACAGGCGGAGGAUACAGACUAGGUAAUUCCUUUUGUAACCGGUCUGAAUACAUCUAUGGAGAAAGUCAGCUGCAAGAUGUUCAGAUUUUGCUUAAGCUGUGGAGCAAUGGUUUCAGUUUAGAUGAUGGAGAAUUGAGACCUUACAGUGACCCGACGAAUGCUCAGUUUCUGGAGUCUGUUAAGAGAGGAGAAAUUCCCCUGGAGCUUCAGCGACUGGUUCAUGGCAGCCAAGUGAGUUUGGAUAUGGAGGAUCAUCAGGAUCAAGAAUACAUCAAACCUAGACUGAGAUUCAAGGCUUUUAGUGGAGAAGGGCAAAAACUUGGAAGCCUUACACCUGAAAUAAUUAGUACACCUUCCUCCCCAGAAGAAGAGGAUAAGUCAAUACUUAAUGCAGUUGUUCUUAUUGAUGAAUCAGUGCCAACAACAAAAAUUCAAAUCAGAUUAGCAGAUGGGAGUCGUUUGAUACAAAGAUUCAAUAUUACCCACAGGAUCCUGGAUGUCCGAGACUUUAUCAUACAGUCCCGUCCUGAAUUUGCAGCUCUUGACUUUAUUCUUGCGACUUCAUUUCCAAACAAAGAGCUGACAGAUGGAAGUCUGACAUUGCAAGAAGCAGAUGUUCUUAACACCGUGAUACUCCAGCAGCUGAAGUAACCUUGCUCCUGUCCAUACAGCGGCAUGUCGGAAUACAUAACGUGCCAUAUUAAUACGGAACAACUUCCAGCGUAAAAACAGCCAAAUUAUUACUUUUACAGAUAAAUUUCAGUUUUAUUCUUAUCCUCUCUUCCAGCCUAAGUGUAAGUGAAUCCAAAUUAGGGCUAGGUCUUCAGAUUAAGUAGGUUUGAGUUUUUAGUAGGGCUGGCUUAUGUUGAUGACUUUUAAAUAUCCAGGCAAACUAAUUUAUUACAUACGUGGUGUUAAAUGUAACAGUAUUGUUUGUAGAGAAGUAAAAACUCCUUUUUGAUAGAUGCACUUGAUAAAAUUUGCACUAAAGUUUCUUGGUGCUGCAUUGAGCAAUAGCCAUUAAGAAAUCUUGAUCGAUAAGCUAAGUUUUUUUUUUUUUUAUAUUAUAGAGUCUGUAUUCUGAUUUGAAAUAGUUGGAUCAUACAGUAAUUAUUUCUCCUAUUAAGAUUUUAUGUAUACUUUUUACUUAUUGAUUUUAGCUAUAUUACUAGCAUCAAAAUAUAUAGUUAGACUUUGUAGUUUAUAGAAUUAUUGGCAUCAUAAGCUAGGAACAAAAAGAUAAAGGUCAGCAGUUCUUAAGAUAUGUUAAGUAGCACUUCAAAAUAGUCUGCAAUCUCCAAGAGCCAGCAUUGUUCAUAUUCGUUUGUUCAUUAAACGCAUUUUUAUAGGGAACCCACUAUGUAUAUUAAAGAUGUUCUGAAUGGCUCAAUCCAGAAUAUAUUCCCAAGAAGGUAAAUUCUGUCUCACAGGUUGGAUCUAAAGAAUUACCAGCAUAAUGCAUUUCAUUUGAAGGCAAGUAUGUCCUGGCUGAGAUAGUGUAUAUCAGGAAUGAUAGACUCCUUCUUAUUCCCAGAUACCAUUUUAUCUUUGGUAACCACUCCUGGUCAGUUCCAAUUGUUGCUGUAACAAUUACCACGAAUUUAGUGGCUUAAAACAACACAAAUUUAUUACAGUUCUGUAAGUUACAGGUCACACUGGGCUAAAAUUGAGUGUCAGCAGGGCUUGCCUUCCUUUCUGGAGAACAGGGAGAAUUACUCCAUUGCCUUUUUCAGCUUCUAGAGGUCUCCAGCAUUCCUUGAUUUGUGGUCCUUUCUUCCAUCGUCAGAACCAGCAAUGUCACGUCUCUGUUGACUCUUCUCUGUCGUCACAUGUCUCUGACAAUAUCCAGGAAAGUUUCUCUGCUUUUAAGGACUCACGUUACUAGAAUGGUCCCAUCUGAAUAAUCCAGGAUAAUCUCCCAUUUUAAGGUUCCUAGCAACCUUAAUCGUGUCUGCAAAGUCCUUCUUGUCAUGUAAGGUAACACUACAGUUUGUGAAGACUAUGGCUUGAAUACCUUGGGGAGUUAAUUAUUCUGCCUACACAAUUGCUUCCUAGCCCCAAAGAUUCACCCCAUUCAGAGGUACCCAAAAGUCUCAUCCUGUUACAGCCUCAACCCAAAGUUCAGAAUCUCCUGAAUCUCCCCAGCUUGAAAGUCCUAAAGCCCAUCAUCAAAGCAGUUACAGACGGGCCUCUGAGUGUGAUCAAUCCUGGGGCAUGAUUUCUGUCCAUCUGUACACCUGGGAAACUAGAAGACAAGUUAUCUGCUCCCAAAUACAGUUUGGGGACAGGCAUACAAAAAUGGUUUAGACAUUCCCUUUCAAAAGGGGAGCAAAUCGAAUGAAAAAAGGAGCCCCCUAGUCCCAGCACUUCUGAAAUCCAUCUAAGCAAACUCUGUUAGGCUUCAAGGUCUAUAAUUAUUUUCUGGGCUCCUGGCUCUGCCCUCUGGGCUUGUGCCAUGGUAAGGAUCAGCAUGAAUCUAAUCCUCAACAUGCAAAGAUUAAUCCAUUCCCUACAUUCCCACUUCUCCAUCCUCAUUGCCAGCCACUCCCCACAGCACUCUUUGACCCUAGCCACCUGGAGCUUGGUCAGAGCUCACAGUUAAAAAAGGACGCCGUAUAAGCAGAUGCCAGCCACAAGUUUGGGGAGUCCACACGACAUUCCAAGCUUUUGACCUGCUGGCCACAAAUGCAGGGCUGGUUUGCCACUAUCCGUUCAAGAUGCCAGCCAGAAGCUCAGGAGUCCACAUGACACCCUUACUCUCUGGCCUGCUGGCUCCCACUGCUCUUUUAUGUUUGGUAAUUCUCUGGAACAACUCAGAAUUCACAGAGUAUUCAGUACAACUGCAGAUUUAUUAUAGCCAAAAACGGUGCACAUGAAGAGACUUAAGGUCUGGAAUGGUUUCCAGUGUGAAACAUCCAUGUCCCAAGGGACACAUUACUCUCCUGAGAGCCGAUUUUUCAUCAACCAGGAAGCUCUCUGAGCCUUAGUGUUCAAGGCUUUUAUUAACCAGUUCUGCAUGAUAGGCUUAAUCAUGCCUCUGGAGCCUGGUUGAUAUCGGUCUCCCAGAUGAGUCUCUUCUGGCCUCACCAGCCCCCACUUGCCAGCACAAGUUCUCACACGUGGCCUGGAAAUCACAGGCCAAGGCAUCCUAUUCAAGGGUUAUUUCUCUGGAGCCAAGGAAAAAGGACACCUUACUUAGGAUAAAACUAGGUCCUUUACUCCACAGCUUAUAACUCCUCCUUGGAGUUAUGCUUCCUUUUUCAUGAAAGGUAGCACCCAUUUGCAUAUGAGUGGUUGUAUCAGCCUGUUUCCUGCCUGUAGAGUUUUGGGCCUCCAAAAAAACUUUCAUUUUCCGCUCUGUCCCUUUGAGUUUAAGAUGGCUGUGUUUUUGCUGGUAUAAAAUUCCCAACAGCCUGUAGUUCCCAUGUGUAUGUCGAAGGGAUUCACUCAGAUAAAAGGCUUUCCUAUAGGUUUAUAGAUAUUCCUAUAGGAUUCCUAUGAGUUGGAAUCGACUUGACGGCACUGGCUUGGGUUAUAGAUAUUUCCUAGAUAGUCGCGUCUCUUAUUUUUGACUUCUGAUAUGGCUACAGGAAUCUAUGCGUCACACCCCAUUUUCUUCACAAAGCCUUUUGUAUGACUGAAUACUCUGACCUUUUGAUCUUCCUGAGGUAUUAGCAAAAGAUCAUUCAACUUUCGCUCUUUUGGCUUGUUGGCUUUUGCUCUAUAACAUGCUUGCCUGACGAUGAAUCACUUUUUAGUGUCUUUGCCAUUUGUAUAGGCCAAGAAUAUCCCAAACCACCAAUUCCCAGUUCCUUUGUAACAGUUCUUCUCUCAAUUUAUAUACUCCCUCUUGCUUUUGACUAUAAUCAGCAAGAAGAAACCAGGCCACACCUUCAUUUUGUUUGGAAAUCUCAAUAUCCAACUUUAUUGCUUAGAAUUUCUGCUUUCCACAUAACUACAGGACAGAAUUGAGUCAUGUUUUCUGCCACAAUGUUACAAGGAUUCCCUUCCCUCCAGUGCCCAAUAACAUGCUCCUCAUUUCCUUCUGAGCCUUCACCAGCAGUGCCUUUAAUGUCCAUAUUUCUAUUAAUAGUCUGUUCACAAUGAUACAGGUUUUCUCUGGUGAUUUAGGUUUUCUCCACCAUGCUCCUCUUGUUCUUGAGUCCUCACUAGCAGAGCUUUUAUCAUCCAAGACAAUCUUGGCUUUUUUUGUCAUGCUCUUCAGAAUUCUUCCAGCCUCAACACACUGCCAAAUUCCAAAGCCACUUCUGCAUUUUUAGGUGUUUGUUGGAGUAGCACCCCAUUUCCCGUGUCUAGAAAGGUAUUUUAUACCUAUGUACUGCCAGUUAACUUCAGUGUUGUAAUAGGAGGCCUGGAGUUCAUGUUUCCCUGCUGCACUGGUUAUUUCAGAGAGGUAAAUUUACCUGUGCUGGGGUUUUAAUACUGGGAGUGCUGCUGGAACUGCCAUACGAUAGAAGUGGUAAUCUCCCCACUGCGGGGGAAACUGCUCCUCGGUGUCUUAACAGAGCAAGAUCAGUCCUCAGUCUUCCCUCAGGAAUAUGUGAAGUCUUCUUCCUUUCCACUUCCUGAAAACAAUAUAUAAUAGUCCCAGCUCAGGAAGACGACCAACGAGGAGCUGCAUUUCACAGGCACAAAAUCAUCUUCCUGAAGAAAUGAUUGAUUGAAAGAAAUGAUCAUUUUAAAUAAAAAGCCAUUGCUGUGUUUUGGAUUAACCGAGCAGGAAAAAAGAAAAAAUUUAAGCAAACCCUUCCUGUCACAUUGAAAUUAUACUCUUGAAGCUUCAGUUCAUCAGUUAGGUGCAGCACCUGUAGAUGGACAUACAAAAAGAGCUGCCACUUCUGUAGAUGACAGUCUUCCAAAACACAGAGACGUGCGUCAGGAGAGAGAGAAACAGCCGGGAGGAAGGAGCCCGACUCUCACACGUGCUGUGUAGUGGUGUUGCUUUGUUGAGAGUCAUUUUCCUGAAUUCUUGCUACUGCUGCAGUGUACGUGAUUUUUAAAUUUUGCAGUGAUCUCCAAAAAAAUAAUCACAAUGAGCAGUUAGACUACCUGUGUGAUGUCAGUUAUUUUGCAUGAUUAUGUAAUCAGAGCAUAUGUGCACUUUACCAAUAAAGAAUGUUUCCACUGAAACAUUGAAAUUGUCAAAAUUCCCAUGGUUUGCAGUUUUAUUUGAGUGGCUGGAUAGAUCGUUUUGAACAUGAGUAGCAUUUCCUAUGGCUUAAUUUCCUGAGGUUCCCCUUUCUGAGGAGCAGGAAAGGGUUGAACCAAGUUGUAGCUACGUUAUCUCAAUGUUUCUGUUUUCUUAAAACCAAAGCCGUUGCCAUUGAGUCCCUUCGUACUCAUAGCGACCCUAUAGGACAGAGUAGAACUGUCCCUUACGGUUUCCAAGGAGUGGCUGGUGGAAUUGAACUGCUGUCCUUUUGGUCAGCAGCCCAGGUCUUAACCACUAUACCACCAUGGCUCUGUUUUCUUUCUUACCCAAAGUGAAAAUGUGCAGGUGUUUCUUCCUUUUUACCACAGCACAUUCCUGAAAACCUUGUCACAGCGUGUGUUGUAAAUAAAGUAAAUCAUGUUUUCCCCGUUAAGGUUUGUGUCCCUGAUCUGUGAUGAAAAUUAUAUAUGGCUAACAUCAUAAAGGUUAAGAGUUUCUGUAAUCCUCUUUACAACUUUUAAAGAUGUUCUAACUCCAAUUAAAUGGUUUAUGAAAGGAACCCCAAUGUAUAUGUACAGCAAUGUGUUUUAUGUGUGUGUUUCUAUAUAACACAAAAGUGGCAUGUCUGACCUAGAAGUAAUAUGCUGGUUUGAUCCACUUAGUUUACAAUUUUGCCUCUUUAGAAUUUAUAGCUAUAACCUAGAUCUCUUAAGAGACAUAAUAAUAAGCCAUCUCAGAAAGUUUGAACUUGAUAGCUUCCUUCCUUGUAGAUGUUUCUCUAUGAAGCAGAGACAUUUAGAAUCAUUCUAGGGAUGUGCAACCUUAGAACUUCCUGAGUGCUGUGGUUGGUUUCUUAUGGCUUGGUUGGCAUAAUUCCCAGUACAGCUACUCAAGUGAAUAUUAGGGGGAAAGGCCACUAGUAAGUCACUGCUUUGGUGAUUUAUAUCACAAGCACUUGCUUUUUUUGGAAAGCCUGAUGAUUACCAGCUCAUUAGCAUGGACUUAGAAGCAUCACGUAAUUAUCAACAAAGUACUUUUUAUACUGGGUUAUCAUUGAAGUAUAUGUGUUAAUUAGGCAACACCCAAACAAGUUAAAGGUGUGAGGGAGCUGCUCCCCCGAUAAAAUUACCCUUUCUGCCCUUAGUCUGCCUUAUUCAGUUUACCUUGGCUUGUUAAAAAAAAAAAAAAAACCCGUUGGUGUCAUGUCUGACUCAUAGCAACCCUAUAUGACAGAGUAAAACUGUCCCAUAGAGUGUCCAAGGAGUGCCUGGUGGAUUUGAACUGCCGACCUCUUGGUUAGCAGCUGUAGCACUUAACCACUAUGCCACCAGGGUUUUCCUAGUACUAUUUAAAUUUUUUUUUAAAUGGUGUGCAAUUAGUGUAGAUUUCCUACUCGAGAAUUCCCUGCUGAGAAUUUGCAUUUCUAACAAGUUCCCAGGCAAUGCUAAUACUGCUGGUGGAGAAGAGCAGUGGUUCUCAAAAUUUAUUAUAGAUAAGAAUCACCUGGGAGACAAUGCUAGGAGCCCUAAUACAUGGCAUAAACAGAAUACAAAACAUUACUUACAAUGAACAAACACCAGAAGAGAAACUAGGUAACUGGGAGCUCCUAAAAAUCAAACACUUAAAUGCUCAUCAAAGGAAUUCAUCAAAAGAGUAAAACGACAACCUACAGACUGGGAAAAAAUCUCUGGCUACGACAAAUCUGAUGAGUGUCUAAUCUCUAAAAUCUACAAACCCAGUGCCCAGUGCCGUCGCUACAAAACCUAAACCACAAAAAGACAACCUAAUUUAAAAAUGGGCAAAGAAUAUGAACUGGCACUUCACCAAAGAAGGCAUUCAGGUGGCUAAUAGAUACAUGAGGAAAUGCUAACGAUCAUUAGCCAUGAGGGAAAUGCAGAUCAAAACCACAAAGAGAUACCAUCACACCCAAACAAGGCUAGCGUUAAUCCAAAAAACACAAAAUAAUUGUUGGGGAGGUUGUGGAGAGACUGAAACACUUACACACUGCUGGUGGGAAUGUAAAAUGGUACAACCACUUUGGAAAUCGAUUUGGUGCUUUCUCAAAAAGCUAGAAAUAGAACUACCAUAGGAUCCAGCAGUCCCACUCCUUGGAGUAUGUCGUAGAGAAAUAAGAGCCUUUACAGGAACAGAUAUUCAUUGCAGCACUGUUUACAAUAGCAAAAAGAUGAAAACAGCGAAGGUGUCCAUCAAUGGAUGAAUGGAUAAAUUAUGGUAUAUUCACAUAAUGGAGUACUAUGCAACGAUAAAGAACAAUGAUGAAACAUAACAUGGAUGAAUCUGGAAGGCAUGCUGAGUGAAAUUAGUCGCAAAAGGCCAAAUAUUGUAUGAAACCACUAUUAUAAGAACUCAAGAAAAUGUUUAAACAUAGAAGAAAUUCUUUGAUGGUUACAAGGGUGGAGAGGGAGAGAGGGAUAUUCACUAACUAGAUAGUAGGCAAGAAUUAUUUUAGGUGAAGGGAAGGACAACACACAAUACAGGGGAAGUCAGUACAACUUUACUAAACCAAAAGCUAAGAAGUUUCCUGAAUACUACCAAACACUUCGAGGGACAGAGUAGCAGGGAUGGGGGUCUGGGGACCAUGAAUUCAGGGGACAUUUAGGUCAAGUGGCAUAACAAAGUAUGUUAAGAAAACAUUCUGCUUCCCACUUUGGUAAGUGGCGUCUGGGGUCUUAAAAGCUAACAAGCGGCCAUCUAAGAUGCAUCAAUUGGCCUCAACCCACCUGGAGCAAAGGAGAAUGAAGAACACCAAGGACACAAGGAAAAUAUGAGCUCAAGAGACAGAAAGGACCACAUAAAACAGAGACUAUCAGCCUGAGACCCGAAGAACUAGGUGGUGCCUGGCUACCGCCAAUGACUGCCCUGACAGGGAACACACAGAGAAUCCCUGAUGGAGCAGGAGAAAAGUGGGAGGCAGAACUCAAGUUCUAGUAAAAAGACAACACUUAAUGGUCUGCCUGAGACUGGAGGGACUCCAGAGGACAUGGUCCCUGGACUCUCUGUUAGCCCAAAACAAACCAUUCCCAAAGCCAACCCUUCAGACAAAGAUUAGACUGGACUGUAAGACAGAAAAUGAUACUGGUGAGGAGUGUGCUUCUUAGUUCAAGUAGACACAUGAGACUACGUGGGCAGCUCCUGUCUGGAGGUGAGAUUAGAAGGCAGAGGGGGACAGGAGGUGGUUGAAUGGACACGGGAAAUGCAGGGUAGAGAGGAGGAGUGUGCUGUCACAUUAUAGGGUGAGCAACUAGGGUCACAUAACAACAGUAAAUUGUUUUUAAGUUUUUGUAUGAGAAACUGACUUGAAUUGUAAAUUCACUUAAAGUGCAGUAAAAAAAAAAAAAAAAAGAAUCCCCUGAGGAUCUUGUUAAAAUGUG